AUAAAGGAGAAAUGACUUUUGCGGUCUUGGUCAAUUAGUCAAGGUGAGAUUGCAGUUCCAAUUUUCCAUUAGAAGGUGCCACGGGUUAAGUGGCUUACUUAGUAAUUACUUGGUCUAUUAGGUUAACUUUGGGAUUGCUGUGAACUUGCUGAAAAUCAAAGGAGUAUCAUGCUCAAUCUGCCUCAAUUGCUCAAAGCUUCAUCUUCACCAUGGGAUGUCACCAAGGAGCCAAACCCAUGUUUAUGGCAAGGAGUCACAUGCAGCGGCCCCCCAAACAACAGCUCCAUAAUCUCACUUUCUUUAUCUGGGUUUGGUCUCUCUAGCUCUAACUUUCUGAGUGAGGUGUGCAAGAUUGAUUCUUUGCAGUAUCUGGACCUGUCCAACAACAGUUUGACAAGUAUUUCAGAUGGGUUCUUCGAUGGUUGUCGAGGGAUUGUUGGGUUGAAGAUGUUGGAUUUUAGCAGUUACAGGUUGGUUGGUCCCUUGCCUGCUUUUCAAAAUUUUGUCGGACUUGAAAUCUUGGAUAUGUCUUUUAAUUUUUUUACCAAAGAGAUUAAUUCACAGUUGAGUCAGUUGGUUUCACUCAAAAUUUUGAAUCUUAGUACCAAUAAAUUCACCGGGUCUGUUCCUACUCAGCUAGGGAAAUCUUUUCGUUUGGAACAACUUCAGCUGUCUAAGAAUUUGUUCCAUGGGGAAAUUCCUGGAGAAGUGCUGACAUAUAAGAAUUUAACCCUUAUUGAUCUUAGUGUUAAUAAUCUCACUGGAACCAUUCCUGUAGCUAUUGAUAGCCUAUCCAAGCUGCAAUUCUUGGUUCUGUCAUCCAAUGGAUUGAGUGGAGAAAUCCCAAAAUCCAUUUCAAAUAUCACCACCCUGCAGCGGUUUGCAGCUAAUCUGAACAAUUUUGUUGGUGAAGUUCCUGUUGGGAUUACAAGAUAUAUCAAAAUUUUAGACCUUAGCUAUAAUAGGUUAUCUGGGUUGAUUCCAUCUGACCUUUUGUCACAGUCAAGUUUGCAGCACAUGGAUUUAUCUAAUAAUUUGUUACGUGGAAAAAUACCCGAAGGUGUGUCUUCCAGGAGCUUGGUAAGGCUGAGAUUGGGAAACAACUCACUUAGCGGCUCAAUCCCUGCAAAGCUGGCAACACUUCAGAACUUGGUUUACUUGGAGCUGGAAAACAAUAAAUUUUCUGGGCCCAUUCCUCCGGAAUUGGGUGACUGCCAGAAUUUGUCGCUAUUGAACUUGGCUCAGAAUGAUAUAACUGGGACACUGCCAGUGGAACUGGGCCGUUUAACCAAGCUUCAAGUUAUGAAGCUUCAGCAAAACGAGUUGGGUGGGCAAAUCCCACCUGAGAUUACAUGGUUACAGAGUCUGGGAGUACUCAACCUCAGCGGUAAUAAUCUUACUGGUUCAAUUCCAUCUUCAAUUUCAAAUAUGACGAAACUCACAAACAUGAACCUACGGAGCAACAAUCUUGUUGGUUCAAUCCCCGUCACUGUUGGAGACUUGAAUUUUCUGUUAGAACUCAACCUUGGAGGAAAUAAACUAAGUGGGAGUAUUCCUAGAAUGCCACCAAAGUUGCAGAUUGUUUUGAAUCUCAGCAGCAACCUCUUUCAAGGACCUAUUCCAGCCACUCUUUCUCAACUGACGAGCUUGGAAGUUUUGGAUCUCUCAAACAACAGAUUCUCGGGCAAGGUUCCUGAUUCCCUGCUUGGAUUGGUGUCGCUAACGCAGCUCAUACUCUCCAAUAAUCAGCUCUCUGGGGUUCUUCCUCAGUUCAACGAGUAUGUUUUGGUCAACGCAAGUGGAAAUCCAGAUCUAAUAAUAAUAAAUAAUGCGCCACCACCGAACACUUCCCCUGAAUCGGAGAAGAAAGCAUCGGUGACUUGGACGAUUGUUGUUGGAGUUGAGGCCUUCAUCUGCCUCCUCUUUGGCUUCUUGUGUCUGUUUUUCCAUUUCCUCUUCCAAGAUAAAUCAGAGGGGAACCAGAGAAGAAACCGUAUCAUAACUUUUUUUACUUUUUUCUUAAGUUGGGUGCAACGAAUUCCAUGGCCGUAGAAUUUAGAAUAAGAGACCGCCGCUCACGACAUGUAGACACAUUGAUCUUUUGUAUGCUAAAAUAACUAACUAUUUUUUUU